AUGCUCAGCCAUCUUCUCUUAUGCGCAAGCGCCAAUCACGGACAACACGAAGAUGGCGUCAGCUCCUGAUUACAGUUCUUAUAACCAGGCCAGCGCUCAACAGGGGUAUGGCUCCUAUGCUGCUCAACCCUCCCAGGGCUAUGGACAGUCUGCCCAGCCGGGUUAUACCGCACAAGGAUAUGGGUCCUACGCCCAGCCUGCCGCAGCCGCAGCAGAGACUGGUUAUUCUCAGGCAGCUCCCUCUACUGGUGGCUAUGCACAGCCGCAGUAUGGUUCCUCCUAUGGGCAACCAGCAUCAGCUGGGAAUAAAACAGCUGGGUACCCUGCUGCCCAGUCCAGUACCCAUAGCUACACCCAGCCUACUGCGGGCUAUGGAGCCAGUGGAUAUGACAGCACUCCUGCUGCUGCUCCUGCAGCCACUCAGUCCUCCUAUGGAUCCCAGCCAGGCUAUGCGGCCCAGUCUGCAUACACUGGCUACAGCCAGCAGCCUGCCUCCACAGCGCCUCCAAGCCAGCCUGCUGGUUACAGCCAGAGCAGCUACUCCCAGCCGGGUGGAUAUGCCUCACAGCAGAGUGGGUACCAGGCCCAGCAGGGCAGCUACGGGCAGCAGCAGAGUGGGUACCAGCAGCAGCCCCCACCUCAGCAGCAACAGGCACCCUCCGCUGCGGCCUACCCCCCUCAGGCCUCCGGCUCCUACGGCCAGCCUGCUGGCAGCCAGUAUGGACAACAGAGUGGACCUCAAAGUGGUUACAGCCAAUCAAGCCAUUACAAUAGCUAUGGACAGGAGGGUAGAGGAAGUUCUGGCUACUCUGGCUCUGAGUCUGCUGGUUUCCCUGGGGCCGGGGAUAGCCGUGGACCGCCCAGGGAUGGCUAUGACCGGGGCGGCAUGAUGCACGGUGGCAGGGGACGCGGGGGCAUGGGACGCGGUGGCAUGGGACGUGGUGGCAUGGGCAUCGCUGGAGACAGAGGUGGCUUCAAUAAGCCCGGUGCAGGACCCAUGAACAACGGGGCCGAGCGUGACAUGGGGCGCCCUGAGGAGCAGGAUGACUCCGAAAACAGCACCAUCUAUAUAACUGGACUCACAGAGAAUGCAACUCUGGAAGAGAUGGCUGAAUUCUUCAAACACACUGGGCCCAUCAGGAUGAAUCGGAGGUUGGGCCAGCCGGCCAUCAACAUCUACACGGAUAAGGAUUCAGGAAAGCCUAAAGGAGAUGCCACUCUGUCCUACGAGGAGCCCUUCUGCGCCAAGGCCGCUGUGGAGUACUUUGAUGGGAAAGAGUACCAGGGCAGGAGGCUAAAGGUCUCCAUGGCUCGCCGUAAGCCCAUGAUGGGUGGAAUGAGAGGGGGCAUGCCCAUGAGGGGUGACAUGAUGGGUCGCGGGGGACCUGGAGGCAUGAUGGGCCGAGGAGGAGACCGUGGUGGGUUUAUGCCACGAGGAGGACCCCGAGGUAUGGGCAGAGGAGGCCCCGGGGGCCCAGGUGGCAACAUGCAGCAAAGAGCUGGAGACUGGGAGUGUCCCAACCAGGGUUGUGGCAACCAGAACUUUGCCUGGAGGAUGGAAUGUAAUCAGUGCAAAGCUCCCAAACCUGAGGGCUUUGGCCCCCCUUCAGGUGGUGAGCGGGGCCGGGGGGGAAUGGGAAUGCGUGGGGGCAGAGGGAUGGACCGUGGUGGACCAGGAGGGCCCGGGGGCCCUGGUGGUUCUGGAGGCUUCCGUGGAGGAUGGGGAGGUGACCGUGGCGGUGGAUUCCGGGGACGUGGUGGAAUGGACCGAGGGGGGUUCCGCGGAGGCAGCCGGGGAGGACCACCUAUGGACCGUGGCAGGGGAAUGGGGAGAGGAAUGGGGGGGCCCCCAGGGAAGAUGGAUAUGCGGGACCAUCGUCAGGAACGCAGAGACAGACCCUACUGAAAUACAGCAAUUUAGAUUUUUCCAUUCGGUGCAGGAUUUGAUUUUUUUAAAUGAACAUUUUAAUUUAUGAUUCCAUUUGUAUUAAUGGUUAUAGAACUGCUUUUGAAAUACUCUGGCGCAGUUUAAUUAAACUCGUAGUUAAAAGUUUUUUUUGUUUUAUAUAACUUUAUUUACCCUUGGUUCAGUUAUUUUGACUUGUGCAAGUUUAUUUUUUAAUUUCUUUGAUGUACAGACACAUUUUUGGACAGUAUUGUAAAACAUGCCACACUUUUUAAUUGUAUUGUGUCCUUCCCACAAUUGUGUAAUGGUUAACUAUUUUGAAAAUAAAAUGUCCACUCUGAUUUGA